AUGGCGAGCUUCGGCGAUGACGUGUCCAUGGGAGACUUCCGACCUCCCCAAGGAGACAACGGCGACAGCAGUCCGGAGGCUGCUACUGGGGCGGGGCUAGCGGGUCACACAAGCGAUGGUUCUGUUUUGAACGUGCAAAUUCCGGCAAUUACGCCCCGCAGCAAUGCGCUAGGGGUUGGCGCAGCAGGCGCCGGCGGGGCCAGCGGCGGGGCUUUUGGGUCGGCAUCUCCGUCAGCGAGGGAAACUAAGAGCCAGAUACACAGGGCGUCCGUGGCCCGCGCCAUCCUGGAGGCCAAGUACAAGAACUUGAACCAGGAGUCGCAAGACAGAGAGGAGAGCCAACAGAAAAUUCAGAUCCUGAACGCAAGAAUGGACCAGAUGGGCAUCGCAGAGUCGGAGAGGGACCAGUACCGCCAGCGCGUGUGGCAGGAGUGUCUUACUAACAUCCGUGAGGGGCGGAAGCGGCUGACCAAGGCCGACUUCGAGGCGUUGGCGAUGAUCGGUCGCGGCGCGUUCGGAGAAGUCCGACUGGUCCGAAAGCGAGACACCGGCGAGGUUUACGCGAUGAAGAGCAUGCUGAAGGAGCACAUGAUCCUCAAGAACCAAGUAACGCACGUUAAGGCGGAACGAGAUGUUAUGGCCGAAGCGGAUGACCCAUGGAUUGUCAAGCUCAUGUACAGCUUUCAGGAUGACGUUAACCUGUACAUGGUGAUGGAGUUUUUGCCUGGGGGCGACUUGAUGGGGCUCUUGAUGAAGUACGACACCUUCGGAGAGGAUGCCACCAGGGUCUACAUGGCGGAAACUGCCAUGGCCAUCGCGAGGGUGCACGAGCUGGGGUACAUUCACCGCGAUCUCAAGCCUGACAACAUCUUGCUUGACUGGGACGGCCACGUCAAGCUCACAGACUUGGGGCUGUGCACGAAGAUGCAGCCGGAGCAGCUGAACUUGCUGCCCGACGUCCCUGAGGAUGACCUGAUGGGGGGGAUGGAGGUCUGUCAGCCCCCGAUUGCUGGGCAGGCGGGGGCAGCGCAGGCAGGCGGCGCUGAGGGCGGGGGGGGUGGGGGGGGUGGGGGAGGAGGAGGAGACCCAGGGCGGUCUUCAAGUGCUACCCCGGGUCACCGUGAUCGCACCCUUGUGUACUCCACCGUAGGAACGCCGGACUACAUCGCUCCCGAGGUCCUGCAGCAGAAGGGCUAUGGCAAGGAGUGCGACUGGUGGUCCCUGGGCGUGAUCAUGUUCGAGUGCCUGGUGGGGUACACGCCCUUCUACGCGGAGGAUCCCGUGACCACGUGCCGGAAGAUUCUCAACUGGCCGCGUUUCCUCGAGAUACCGGAGGAGACGGCGAUCAGCGUGUCGGAGCCGUGCAUGCGAUUUUUGACGUCUCUCAUCAGCGCGGCCCCAGACCGACUGGGCAAGAACGGCGUUGGAGAGGUGAUGGCGUCCACGUGGUUGGCCGGCGUGCCGUGGGAGAGGAUCCGGGAGAUGCGCGCCCCUUACGUAACGGAUGGCGCUGCGCGCGUAAAGGAUGUGUUGGCUCAACUAUCCAAGCUUGAGCCUGGAGACGCCAGACAGCCGGCCGCGGUGGAGCUCGUUACGUCCAACUUCGACAAGUUCAGCGACAACGGCGAGGUGCGGUGGGAGAAGGCCGCUCGAGUAGCACAGCGACGAGACCGCGACAACGACUUCAUUGGGUACACCUAUAAGCGGAAGGUCAACAAGCCCGACCGGGGGGGCCUGGGCGGAGACCUUUUCGCCGCCCCUCUGCCCGAGGAAACACAGCAGACACAGCCGCAGCCCGCUGCGCCAGGACAAGGUCACAGGUAGUAGCUCCGGCGACGAAGCGGUGGCUAGCCCUGACGGAGUGUUUGUGUCGACGCCUGCUGGUGUUGGAGGCGAGAAGAGGACGUAAAAGUUAGAGAAGGAGGGGAGGGUUUGACCUAGACCCACGACCACCCCAGCUGAGUUUUGAGGGUAUAGUAUUUGGGGAAGAAGGUCGGGCUAAGCCGACCCGACCUGUCGGCGCCAAGGUGGAGUGUGUUUGUUCGGGCUCACCUGACCUCGAGUUUAGAAAGACGGAGGCAAGCCGCGGGCGUUGUUGCCGUGAUGGCCGACCUCUCUCUCUAGGAAGGGACGACGGAGGAGCAGCCAACACGGUACAAGCCCGUGUGCUGA